CUCGACGAAGCAAAAAUAACAGCAGUGCUGGAUACAGAAGAUUAGAGUAUAUAUCAAGGAUACAGUUGCACCGGUUCUGGUAACAGUACAUAGCGAUAUCCAGUAACUAGAGUUCUUAGCAACACGAUGUCAACGGUCUUGCCACAACAUACAACAAUAAUAAACCAAUAUUAUUGGUAGACAUCCAAUCUAUACAUUAUAUUACCAAGUUCUGCGCUGAAGUUCCACGGAUCUGCAGCAUAAUUUAGUGCAAUAUAUAUUACUAAUUUUACAAAGACAUUUACUACAGAGAUGGAUCUCGAGUAUGAAAAUCGUUUAUUGAGACAACAAAAUGGUAGAACUUCAGUUGGUUCACCAAUAAUAUCGCCACUAAAGUCUCCAAAUUCACUUAUUUCUCCAACCAGAGAAAAAUACAGUGACAGGUUCAUACCAAGCAGAGCUGGUAAAAAUUGGCAUGUAGGGUUUAAUUUAAUACAAGAGCCUACAAAGGAGUCCCCCACAACAACUAGGAAAGCUAGAGAAGCACAUUCAGAAUCUGCUAAAGAUGGGCUAGCAUAUAACUGUCUUUUAAAAAAUGAACUUUUGGGUGCCAACAUUGAGAAGAUACGAGAUCCACAAACGGAAGACAGAAGACUGUCACUUAGUAGUCCUGAAAGUAGGAAUCUCUUCAAGUUUAAAAGUCAAGCAAAAAGACCGUGUUCUGAGGCUGAUGAAGAUUCAUCACCAUAUUCGUUAUCACCUGUUGGGCAUAAAAGUCAACGUCUUUUGAGGUCUCCGCGUAAACAGACAAGAAAGAUUUCCAAGAUACCUUUUAAAGUCUUAGAUGCACCAGAAUUACAAGAUGAUUUUUAUUUAAAUUUGGUUGAUUGGUCAUCCACCAAUAUACUCAGUGUUGGGUUGGGUACUUGUGUUUAUCUAUGGAGUGCAUGUACAAGUCAGGUAACAAGGUUAUGUGAUUUGUCUUGUGAUGGCGACUCUGUGACUUCAGUGUCCUGGAAUGAAAGGGGUAACUUUGUUGCUGUUGGAACUCAUAAAGGUCUUGUUCAAGUAUGGGAUGCCAGUGCACAGAAGAGAAUAUCUACACUGGAAGGCCAUUCUGCAAGAGUUGGUGCGUUGGCGUGGAACGCUGAUAUUCUAUCAUCUGGUAGUAGAGAUAGAUUGAUUUUACAGAGAGAUGUUAGAACACCAUGUAUUGUGCCUGAAAGGAAACUACAAGGACAUAAACAAGAAGUCUGUGGUUUGAAAUGGUCACCUGAUCACCAGCACUUGGCGUCUGGUGGAAAUGAUAAUAAAUUAUUCGUAUGGAACACAUCAAGUUUAUCUCCAGUGCAGCAAUACACAGAGCACCUAGCUGCUGUAAAGGCAAUCGCCUGGUCUCCACAUCAACAUGGUUUGUUGGCGUCUGGCGGUGGUACAGCUGAUAGAUGUAUUAGGUUCUGGAAUACAUUAACGUGUCAGCCACUACAGUGUGUUGAUACUGGAUCACAAGUCUGUAAUCUAGCCUGGUCGAAACAUGCAAAUGAGCUGGUCAGUACACAUGGUUACAGUCAGAAUCAGAUUUUAGUUUGGAAGUAUCCAUCACUUGUACAAGUUGCUAAACUUACUGGCCAUUCAUACAGGGUUCUUUAUUUGGCAAUGUCUCCAGAUGGGGAAGCUAUCGUAACCGGUGCUGGUGAUGAAACUUUACGAUUUUGGAAUGUAUUCAGUAAAACAAGAUCUACCAAGGAAUCCAAAUCUGUGCUGAAUCUCUUCAAUCAUAUACGAUAAUGCAACCUGACUGUAUAUUCAAGAAUCAUCACUGAAAUUCAUAUAUAUCAUAUGUGUAUAUAUAUUUUACUGAGCUGUACAAUGUUGUCAUGAUUUUGGUUUUUAGUUUCACGAUUACAUUCAGAAUUUGAUGUCGUGAUCUAAACAUAUAACUCAAGAUGUACUGAUUUUUUUUUUUUAUUUCUAAAAUAACCAACUCUUGCGAGUUAUUAUUUUUAUGUUUCUUGUGAUUGCUACCUGGUCACUGCCGUAUUUGCUAUACAACUUUUCCGUCAGUGUUUAAAGCAGCAAAAGACAAUACAACGAUAGUGUCGUUUUUAAUUUUUUUUUAUAUAUUCAGUGUAACACAGUGCAAGUUGCUGAGUGAUAGUACAGCUAGAUGUAAAAAGUUUCAAAGUAUUUAAAAGUAUAAUAAAUA